CAAAAGUCCUGUCUGUUGCAGAUCUUAUUUGUCGCCACUUCCUUAAUGGUGACAGUGGCGUUGGGCCAGCAACGCCCCGUCCCGCCAACGUUCACCAGACCCGCUGUGCAAGGUCGUGGUAUCGCUCAACUGAACUUGGACCCACAGCAACAGGUGCCUCAGCCGUUCCGCAGAGUCUCUUUGCCCCUGUACAGAGGUCGAGGAUUCAGUCUGGAGGGACAGGAACCGAAUAAGCCUCAGGUAACGCAGCAGACUUUCCAGCCGAGACCGGUCGAAAACGUCGAUGUUGACUCGGCGGCGGGCAACGACGCGCCCCAGCCCACCAGACAAGUGCCGCAGCACCAGUUUGAGAGAACACAGCAGCAGCAAGUCGACAGGGUCCAACAACAACAACAACACAUUGACAGGAUUCAAGCUCAGCCUGAAAAACAGUUCCCUGGAUUCCUGCCUCAGCCCCAGAUACAACCCAUUGAAUCACAACCAAACUUCGUGAGGAAGGUCGUACAGAGGCCGGUGAAACGCGUACGAGUCACCGAAGAGACGGAAGUUAUUUCUAAAUCUCCGGAAACGAUACAGAGAAUGAAACUUGAACGAACCGAGUCUGCCGACAAACAACGGGCGAAGAAGCCGGUGUCUCAGGUUUUGAGAAGGUACAGAGACGACAACCCGGACGGUAGCAUCACUUGGGGUUUCGAGAACGAUGACGGUACGUUCAAGGAGGAGACCAUCGGCGUGGACUGCGUGACCCGCGGCAAGUACGGUUACAUAGACCCGGAAGGCGUCAAGCGCGAGUACUCGUACCAGUCGGGCAUACCGUGCGACAAGGACAGGCUGCCGCUGAAGGCGCCGCAGCAACAGCAGCAGGGCUCCGGAUCGUCCGCGGUGCAGGAGGCGCAGGCCAGCGACACGUACGGUUACAUUGACUACACCAAAAACCAGUACGUCAUGGCCAACGGACAGACGAUCAACCUGAACGGCAUGGCCAGGAACAGGGCGCGAAAACCGGUGGUCCGGAAGACAGCGCUGCCGCCCCCAGCCGACGAACGCUUCUGAGUCGUCUGCACCGUCGUAUAUAAUAUUAUAUGUAUCGCAUCCCUCCCCAACUUGCAGCGUAUUAUCAUAAUUAUAAUUAUUAUUAAUACUAUAUCAAUGACCUUGUAGGAAACUGCAAUGUAAUCAGUGCUCGAUUUGGAAAACUUAACUUAAAAUAUUUGAACGCAAUCCAUAAACUAUCAAUCCUACGUACCCAAAUAAAUAUUUUACGAGUACUCCAGUUUAAAGGGUGAUCCAUAUAACGUUGGCCAAUAUUAUUAUCUCAAAAACGUUCAUUUUUUUAACAACAUGCAUUUUUAUUUUAUUUUUUCCAAAACAGAAUAUUUUUUAGAGUACUUUAACACAUAAAAUUCGAAUUUUGGACGAAUAAUGUACGAGUUGUAUUUAUAUUUUAAAGUUUGAAUUUGCGGAAUAGAGUAUAGUACAGGCCGUACAAGGGUACCUCAAAAAAUGUUUGUCCAAUAAUCUGCUCAUCUAAAUUUUAAAUACUUAAUUAUAAUUAAAAACCACUUGUCCAAAAUUUGAUUUUUAUAUAGAUCGAAAUACUCCGAUUACUCCGAAUAAUAGUAUGCUUCAGAAUAUGAAAUGCAUUUUGUCAUUCAAAAGAAUAAAAAUAAAAAGACUUUAAAAACGAUAUCGAUAAAAAAUAUAAUUAUCUUCUGAAAAUGAUGUUUUGUAAAGCUUUGAAUUAUGCAAAAGAAUUAAUAUUGAGACUAAUAUUUUUAAAAAAGUUAGUAUUUUCUGAACUAAUGAAAGUUACGUUAAAUGGAUCACUUCGUUAAUGUAGACUACUUAUGAGCGAUCAAAAUUGAUGUUUUCGUUCCAUAUUAUUAUAAAUAAAUUUUAAUACCAGUUGUAAUAUCAUAGUAAAAAUAAGUUGCACAAACCAUCAAUAAAUGAUUUGAAUAUUUUAUUAAUUAUAAUAACUUCGCAAAAUAAGGGAUGUUCCCAAAAUUUAAAAAAGAAAUACCAGAGGAGCUCCGUCCUCCUCACAAAUUUGAGCACUGGCUGUAAUACGAUGACUUAUUAUUUUUUUUUUUAAAUAAAUAA